GGUCUAUAUUACCAGUAAAACAGCAGAAUUUUGGUAUAUUUACUAUGGAGAAUAUAAAUAUAAAUGAAGAUAAUUCUUCUCAUGCUUUUUUUCCGAAGAAAAACCAAGAAAUAGCAGUUGAUGUGCUAAAAGAAGCAUUUCCAGAUAUUGACGAAAAAAUAUUUAAUGCAGUUCUUAUUGCUAGUAAUUAUUCAAUUGAAUCGUCAUUUAAUGCACUUUUAAGUAUCAGUGACUCAAAUUAUAAACCAGAAGAGCCAAUACAAGCACAAAUUGAGGAGGAUGUAAUGUCUAAUAUUAUGAAAUUUCAUCAAAUUGAAAAUGAUUAUAAAUAUGCAUGCUAUUUGUCUCAGAUGGGAGAGAAUUCAUUAAAUGAGGAAAGGAAUAGGUAUAUUUCACAUUAUGGUAAUAAGAAAGAAUAUUCUUUUAAUGAUGAAUUAUCAAAUAUUUAUGGGAAUAUAAAACAAGGGAUUGGUGAUGCAAAGACAAAAGUUUAUAGCCUUUUUUCUAAAAUUAAAAAACGAAUUGAUAAUGAUAUAUUAUUUAAUGAAAAAAAGGAAAAAUUUAUUGUUUCUUCUCCAGAAGAAUUUACAGAGAUGCCAAGGACAUCGCUUAAUGAUUCUAAUAUAACGUCAUAUACAUUUGAAGAUUAUGUUCAUUUAAAUUUAGAAGAUAAUGGAAAAGCCUCUCAAGGGUUACUAUCAAACUCAUGUUCUGAAAAUGAUUUGAAUCAAAAUCUAAAAAAAAAUAACAAUAAAUCAUACAAUUUAAAUGAUUUUUGAUUAUUAUUAUUAUUAUUAUUAUUAUGAAAUUUAAAUAUUAUUAU